AACUAGCUCAAACAGAGUUUCUUCGGUCGUGGACUUUCGAUCACAGGUUUAGUGUUUAUAAAAUAUAAAUGUUUCCUACAAAACAUGGCGUGAUAUUCCGUACACCGGAACAACAUCAGCCACCAGAUGACACCAGUCUUUCAGGCAAUACAUAUUACCCAAAUUUGAAUUCACGAGACUACGCCAAGCGACCACUGAAUCGUCAUAUUCGUAUGCACAAAGCAUGGGAAUGUAUAUCAAUUAACUCUGAGCAAGAGGCAGUUAUUGCUACCAAUAAGUUAUCGGGUCGUGAGUGGUCAGGAUCUCUGUGGGGAUUCGAAGAUAUUGGUGAUGGUAGUAUGUUGAAGCCAUCCAAAGCUGCGUACAAACUGCAAUGUCAAAAUUUAGUGUCCUGUUUGCGAUUCGUUUCGGAUAAUAUUUUCAUUGUAGCGUUGCGUUCAGGUCGUGUACAGGUAUGGUCUACAAGAUCGGAGGUGCGCAAUCCACAAAUACCGUACUGUAUGUUCUUAAUUGGUGAAAAAUGUGAACAUAUGCGGCCUGUUACUUGUUUGGAUGUAAUGAAGAAUGUAGAUCAUGCGGCUACCGGCAGCAAGGAUGGCACUUUAAAAGUCUGGGAUAUGGGUUGUGCUGAUCUAUUUUCCAUACACACUUUUCGGUAUGCACACACAGACGUAAUUACGAGUAUUGCUGCUUCAAACACAGAUGCAUCAGUAUUUGCUACCUGCUCAUUUGAUCAAAGUGUCUUACUUUGGGAUGAUCGAUUAACGAGACCUGCGAUAGCUCUGUAUGAGAAAUACUCAUCGCGUUUUAAAAAUUUGGCAUGGGCAGAAAGCAGUGAUCAUUUUUUAUAUGUUGGUGACGAAUCCGGUUUUGUGCACACAAUUGAUACACGUGUACCAAGAGAAUUUUUGCAGAGCUUCAAAUACUUAAACAGACCAAUUCAUAAAAUUUUGCCAAAAGGGAAAAUGUUUGCUGUCAUUGGUGAUACAAAUUUAAUAAAGAUAGUGGAUGAGAAUUUAAAUACUACGAUCUACGAAAAUAGCAAAUCGGAAAAUUUCGUGCGGGACGCAGUUUGGCGCGGAGAUUCAAAUCUUUUAACGGUUGGCUUUGAAGGCAGACUACGUGUACAUAAGAUACUGUAAAAGUUUAAAAAAAUAAAUUGAUAUUAAAUUAAAA